AUGGCAACGACUGCCUCCGCCAGAGCGACGCCAGCCUCGCGACGAUCACCACCCGUUGGACCACCAACCGCGUCAACGCCUUCUCCGUCAAUUGCUAGAGGCGCAACCGCCCGUUCAGCGGUAUCUCCACGCGUCUCGUCAUCCUUGAACGGACCAGCAGGCCGUCGGGGCUCAAUCAAGAGUGCGGUAGCACCGACGCCAGUGACACAUGGAGAACCGCGCGAGACACGCGAAUCGCUUUCCGCUUCCCUCAAGGAGGAGACGGAGAAGAAAGAGCAGUUGCUGGUUCAACUGCAAGACAAGGAGCAGACAAUCGCUGGCCUCACCACAGAUAAUUCCAGUCUGUCCUCGGCAUUGAAUGCUGCGGAGACACGACUCGCGGAACUAUAUGCAGAUCAAUCUCGCAUGGAGGAAGAGAUGGCAGCUCGUUUCGAGGUGAUCGACAAGCUGCGAACUCAAGUGCGUGACCUCGAGAAAGAGAAACGCGAGAUGCAUCGACGAUAUAAUGAGCAACGGUUACUCACACAGCAGAAGACGGCGACAUUCGAAGCUGAACGGCAGGCCUUUUAUGACAAUGAACAACAUCUGAAAUCACGCAUACAAACACUAACACAAGCGCGCAAGCAGCCUUCAAUACCUCUCACGUCACCUUCCGUAGUAUCGGUCGCUAUGUCUGAGUCAGUGACUGAAGUAGAAGAAGAGCUUUCACAACCACCUCAGGAAGCACCCAAACAGGACGUUGGCGAUCCCGAGCAAGAGCCUGCCGAGAUGACCGCGCUCAAGCUCGAACUCUCCACAUUGUCCACCUCGUAUACAUCUCUCCACUCGACGCUGGCUCUAUUACAGACACAGCUUGUUGACCUCAAGCGCGUCAACAACGAGUUGCAAGAAGAAAAUGAGUCUUAUAAUAUUCUUCUUAGAGAGAAGACCUUGAACGGUCAGUUCGAUAUCCUGCGCAUGGGCGCAGGUGCUGGAACGAGCGAGACAAGUGUCAGCGAAUCAGGCGACGAUGGCGACGCGGAGGUUGAGAGCAGGGACUCCGAGAGCUUACGAAGCCGCAACACCGGGAGGAGCAUGCUUGAUCCAGUCGACGAACUCGCUGAGGAGCAUGAGCACGAGCUCGACCCUGCCUUUGAGUUGGACGGCGACCAAGAACAAGAUUCGCGCGAGGCCGAGGAUGUCUCUAGGAAUCCUCGCCGUCAUGCGCGGAAACAUUCGUCCCACUCCUCGCGAUCGCCGGCCCCCCGUGGAGAGUCGCUCGCCAACCUACCUAUCACCGGACCUGGUCUUGAUCUUGCUGCCGAGCUCGGGCGCGCUGAGAACAAGGAUAUCCUCGUGGGGGGUACGUCUCUCGAGAACGAGCGCGCUGCGCACAAGAACCGGAAGGGUAGGAAAACUUCUGGUUCGGAGACAGCCCGUAAAGUGUCCUCUGCGUCAGAACCUGUGAUGGACUCCAGUGCACCUGUCACCGACAUUGACGCAUUAAGGAACGAAGUCAAAAGCCUCAAGGAUGCCAACAAGGCCCUCUCAUUGUAUGCGUCUAAAAUCAUUGACCGCAUCAUUUCCCAAGAGGGUUUCGAGCACGUCCUCGCUGUCGACUACGACAAAAUGUCUCCACCCCCUACUGCAACGAACUUCACGACCUUCAGUAACAUUCCGAAAUCUCCCAGCCCUCCCGCGCAACAGCCACAGAAGAAGGGCCGUCCACAAUCAGCUAUAUUCCCAUUCUCAUCGUCAUCGGCGAUGGCCAAUGGCCCAGCGUCGCCAAACCCCGAGCGUCUUACGACGUUCGGUUCCCCAACCCCUCCGAGCGCACAGCGCAAUUCGUCUGCUGGCGCUCUUCCGCCUCCUAUGUCAUCUCGUGCGUCUCGCCGCUCUUUGUCCUUUGACUGGAAGAGCUUUUCGAUGUUCGGCGGAGGCGACAAAAAACCUGAGCCCAGUCCCAACUUGCGGCCUUUGACGCUUCGUGUUGGCUCCAACCCAGUUGUCACCGGCGCGCGUAAGUUAGAGACGCAAGAGGACGAGGAAGACAGAAAGGAGCGAGAGCGGUUGAACGCAACAAUGAAGCUGAUGGGUAUCGAGAAGCCUGUCGUGCCAGUGGUGCAGAAGAGCUACUCCUCCUCUUCAAAUCCCGCCUCAAUGGGCCUUGGCGUGCUCGACACUAAUGUCAUCAAGCAGCCCAAUGCGACCAUGGGGGCUGCGAAUUCCCCCGCACCGCCGACGCCAUCCCGAUUCUCGUUCUUCCGUCGUAAUUCCUCAAUGACCGUAUCUGACACAUCGUCGAUGCGCUCUUCCGCACAGGGUAGCCCUCAUCCUGGAGCCAGCACCCCAAACCUCACUGAGGAAGCGCUAGAGCAAGCCGAAGCUGAGAACACGCUGGCAGCACUGGACGCACAUGAACGCCAGCUGAGCGCUGAGAUCGCCAAAGGCGCUGGAGGCGGUUACACAGAAAUCGUCCGCAGAACGGGCGACAGACGCAGCAGCCGCAAGAGCGGCGAGAGCGCUAGUACGGUAUGGAGUGCUGGUAUGAGUAAGGGCGAGGAUGGCGAUGACUGACGUCGUCAGGUUCGGGGCUCACACUGAAAAGCAUCGUCCUCAUGAAUUAUCUUGGGGAUCGUAAGGAUUCAUAUGGUUUCAUGCGCGUGCAUCUAUGAUGGUUAGACUGGUUUUUGCCGUUGCCAACGGUUACACAUAUGACGCUUUCGCAUUUUCAUGAUUUACUAUGCUCGUUUAUCGAUUCCUUUGUUAUACCAGUUAUUACACAUACCUCCCCAUGUACUUAUUGUUUCUCUUGGAUGUAAUCUGCACUAAGUGC